UCACCGUCACCGUCCUCGGUGUGUCGGUGUGUGUGAGAGUGUGUGUGUGUGAGUGUGUGUGUGGGGGGGAGGCGUCCUCUCAACCCAACCCGAGUCUGGACUCUCGUCGGCGGACUCGUUCAUCGCCAGGUCGAGGAGAGAAGAGAGACUUGAUCUAUAUAUUGACCGUGUCCUCUUCCUCCUCUUCCUCUUCCUCCUCUUCCUCCUCUUCCUCUCCGUGGUAUGCGGAUCUGGGAGCGACCAUGUUGAAAGAAACCAGCCACCAGGUCUUUUGGUUUCCGACGAAGCCUGCGAGUGACGACGGGGUCGAUCAGCUGGUUUGAUGAGCUGUUGUUAUUACGCCAUCGACACUAUGCAGCUCCGAUGAGUCGACGCUCGACGUUUCAGGCAGGUGAUUAAAGGAGAAGCCGGCUGCUCUUAUUCCAGUUGGAGAGGAAUUCACCACCACGGAGGGAAAAGCAGAAUGAAAGUGCCUCUGCACCACUGACGAGCACAACUGGAAUGAUAUCUUGACCCUUUUUUUUUUCCUUUUCCUGGAAGUUACCAAGUGAGCGAUGAGCGGGGGGAUAUAAUGGCCAAGAACAAGGAUGCGCGGCCCCCGACAUUUGCCGUCAGCGUGGUUGGCCUCUCGGGGACGGAGAAGGAGAAGGGAAACUGCGGCGUGGGCAAGUCCUGCCUGUGCAAUCGGUACGUGCGUCCCAACGCGGACAGCUACUACUCGGAGCACACUUCGGUGCUGAGCACCAUAGACUUUGGCGGUCGCGUGGUUAACAAUGACCACUUCCUCUACUGGGGGGAGGUGUCCCAUCGAGGGGACGACGGGUUGGACUGUAAAAUCCAGGUCAUCGAGCAAACGGAGUUCAUCGACGACCAGACGUUUCUUCCCCAUCGGAGCACGAACCUGCAGCCGUACACCAAGCGGGCGGCGGCGACCAAGCUCCAGUCGGCGGAGAAGCUCAUGUACAUCUGCACGGACCAGCUGGGCCUGGAGCAGGAUUUUGACCAGAAGCAGAUGCCCGACGGGAAACUGAACAUCGACGGCUUUGUGCUCUGCAUCGACGUGAGCAAGGGCUGCAACAGGAGGUUCGACGACCAACUUAAGUUUGUGAACAGUCUCUACUCUCAGAUGGUUAAGUCGAAGAAGCCGAUUGUCGUCGCCGCCACGAAGUGCGACGAAUGCGUGGACCAGCACCUGAGGGACCUGCAGAUCUUUGUUGCCAGCAAGAAAAACCUGCUGCUGAUCGAGACGUCGUCGCGCUCCAACAUCAACGCGGAGCUCUGCUUCAAUGCCCUCAUCCAGCAGCUGGACAAAACCAGGGGGAAACCAAAAACUGUGCCAUAUCUCGAGGCCUAUAAAAUCCAACGGCAGCUUGUUGCCUCACUAACGGACAGAUAUGAGAAGUUGAUGGUGCACACGGUGAGGGAUUACCACACCACAUGGAAAACAGUGAUCAACAGCAUGAAAGGCCAAGUCGACUACGACGAGUUCAUCACUUUGGAGGGUUCAAGAAAAGCACGCAUCAUGUUCACAAAGCACAUUGCACAACUGAAACAGGAGCACAUCAAGAGGAGGAGGGAGGAGUACCUGACAACACUACCGAAAACACUUAACAACCUCCUCAACAACCUGGAGGAGGUGGAACACCUUACGUGGCCCGAGGCGCAGAGUGUGAUCCGGAACCGGCACGACUUCCAGUACUGGUUUGUGAUCCUUGAGCGCACGCCGUGGGAUGAGUCGGACCACAUCGACAUCAGCGAUCGCAGGAUACCCUUUGACCUCCUAGACACGCUCGACGGCGAGAGGAUCUACCGUAGCCACGUCCAGCACCUGCUGUCGGAGAAGAGACGGGUGGAGAUGAAAGAGAGGUUCAGGAAGACGCUGGACAGGGUCCACUUUAUCAGUGCAGGGCAGCCCUGGGAGGAAGUCAUGUGCUUCGUCAUGGACGACGAGGCCUACAAGUAUAUCACAGAAUCAGAUAGGAGGGAUGUUUACUGUAAACACCAGCAGGAAAUAGUUGAAAGGGCCAAGGAGGAUUUUCAGGAAAUGCUCUUUGAGCACGCCGAGCUCUUCUACGACUUGGAUCUGAACGCCACGCCCAGCUGUGACAAGAUGAGCGAGAUUCACUGUGUGCUGAACGAGGAGCCAAGAUACCGAGCGCUGCAGAAGCUUGCCCCAGACAGAGAGUCUCUGCUGCUCAAACACAUUGGCUUUGUGUACCACCCCACGAAGGAGACCUGCCUGAGUGGGCAGAACUGUGUCGACCUGAAAGUGGAGGAGGUUUUGUCAAACAGACUGGUGCAGCUGGACCACGGGCGCUCCAAUCUCUACUACAACAGUGCCAACAUCGAUAAAAUCAACCUCUGCCUCCUGGGAAGGGAGGGUCUCUCACAGGAACUGGCCAAUGAGAUCCGGGCCCAGUCCACGGACGACGAGUACACCCUCGACGGUAAAAUCUACGAGCUGGAGCUUCUUCCCGUGGACGUCAACUCCACCCUGCUCUUCAGCCACACAUGGGUCACCACUUUCAAGCCACACGGCUGCUUCUGUGUGUUCAACUCCAUAGAGUCUCUCAACUGCGUCGGAGAUUGCAUUGGCCGGAUCAGAGCGGAGAUAGCUCAGAGUCGGAGGGAUAGGUUCGCUCAGCCGCUGCCGUUCAUUCUCAUCCUGGCAAAUCAGAGGGACAGUGUUUGCAAAAACAUCCCCAUCCUGAGGCACCAGGGCCAACAGCUGGCAAACAAGUUGCAGUGCACCUUUGUCGACAUCCCCUCCGGCGCCUUCCCGCGCAAGUUCACAGAGUUUCAAGUUAAGCAGGGUCUCCGAGCAGUGCUGGACGGGCUAAAGCACAACAUUGACGUCUUGGCGCCGCUGCCCUCCAUCAAAGACAUGUCAGAGACGGAUCUCAGGAUAGUCAUGUGCGCCAUGUGCUGGGAUCCCUUCAGCGUCGACCUCAUCCUCUCGCCUUUCCUGGACUCGCACUGCUGCAGCGCGGGGCAGCGCGGCCAGAGCAACACGCUGAUCCUGGACAAGAUCAUCGGUGACAGCAGGAGGAGGAUCCAGGUCACCAUCCUCUCUUAUCACUCAGCUAUUGGCGUCCGCAAAGACGAGCUGGUGCACGGCUACAUUCUGGUCUAUUCGGCCAAACGCAAGGCCUCUAUGGCGACCCUGCGGGCGUUCCUUGCUGAAGUCCAGGAUGUGAUCCCCGUGCAGAUGGUGGCGAUCACAGAUAGCCAGGCAGACUUCUUUGAGAAUGACGCCAUCAAGGAGUUGAUGACGGAGGGGGAGCACAUUGCCACAGAGAUUGCUGCCAAGUUCACAGCGCUCUACUCGCUGUCGCAGUAUCACCGGCAGACAGAAGUUUUCACGCCCUUCUUCAACGAAGUGCUGGAGAAGAAGCCGGGCAUCGAGAGCUCCUUCCUGUUGGACAGCUCGUCACGCGAGUGCACCACUGGUGCCAGUGAAGAUGUCUUCCCCACGUCACCCCACAGCCAUUCCCCGGCCUACAACACCUAUUACUUAGAAUCCGAUGAUGAUAACGAAGCCCCCCCACCUUACAGUCCAAUAGGCGAUGACGUCCAGCUUCUCCCCACACCCAGCGAACGGGCCAAGUACCGGAUUGACCUAGAGGGCAACGAGUAUCCAGUCCAUAGCACGCCUGUGGGAGACCAUGAGCGCAACCACAAAGUGCCUCCACCUGUCCGGCCCAAACCACUGCUCCCCAAGCCUAAUGUCAAAAAGCUGGACCCCAACUUGCUCAAAACCAUCGAGGCUGGCAUGCGAAGUAACCGUAGGUUGCAGCGUGGACCGACAACGCACAGCGAGGACGUGGAGACGUCGGACAACUAUGCAGACCCUGUGGACACCUUGUUGAGGUCCAGGGGCUUCCACAACGACGACAUAUACGCCGUGCCCGACGACGCUCACAGCCGUCUGGUCAAAAUCAGAAACUCCUUCGGUGGGUUACACGGUCUCCAUGGAGGGGGAGAGGAAGAGAACGGCUUCGACCCAAAGUCUCAGGCCAGACGGCGGCCGUCGAAAUACAAACACCGCUCUAAGAUCCUGUUCAGUAAGACCAAGGCCUACCAAAGACGGUUCCACUCCGACAGCGAUGGCGAGGAGUCGGGCCCCGCCACACAGAAAAAGAAAAAGGGAAGAGCCCACCGGGGCAGCGAAGAGGACCCGUUACUGUCCCCCGCCGACCCCUGGAAGGGCGGGAUAGACAACCCAGCCAUCACCUCCGACCCCGAGCAGGAGGACAAGAAGAUGAAGAAGAAGAAGACGCCCAAAACAAAGGAACCAAAGAAGCCGAAAUCCUCCAAGCCCACCAAGCCUCUGUACCCCCCCACCCGGAGAACCUGGGAGAGCAACUACUUUGGCGUUCCACUGCAGAACCUGGUGACCCCGGAUCGACCCAUCCCCCUCUUUAUCGACAAGUGUGUGGACUACAUCGAGCGCACAGGUCUGACGACGGAGGGUCUGUACCGGGUCAGUGGCAACAAGACGGACCAGGACAACAUCCAGAAACAGUUUGAUCAAGAUCACAGUAUCGACUUCGUGGUGAUGGACGUGGCGGUGAACGCCGCUGCCGGAGCGCUGAAGGCUUUCUUCGCCGACCUGCCCGACCCACUGAUCCCGUACAGUCUGCACCCGGAGCUGGUGGAGGCCGCAAAAAUCGUGGACUACAUGGAGCGUCUGCAGGUCUUGAGGGAAAUCGUGAAGAAGUUUCCCUCCGUCAACUACCAGGUCUUCAAAUACAUCAUCACGCACCUCAACAGGGUGAGUCAACACAGUAAACUCACGCUAAUGACGGCCGACAACUUGUCCAUCUGCUUCUGGCCGACGCUGAUGCGUCCCGACUUCGAGAACAAGGACACGCUGUCGACCACCAAGCUGAACCAGGCCGUCGUCGAGUCCUUCAUCCUGCAGAGCGACUACUUCUUCCACGGCGGCGAGGUCGCCGAGAGCUCGGGCAGCGAGGGCACGCCGCCGCCGCACCACUGCCACAACAUGGUGGAGGCGCUGCUGCCGCUGCAGCUCCCGCCACCGCUGCAGCCGCAGCAGAUCCAGCACACGCUGCACCCCGACCCGCUCAUAUGAGAGCCCGCAGGAGAGCAUGCUGGGAAACGGAGUCCAGGGUGUUAUUGAUGCUCGCUGCCGACAGAGGUCGUCGCCUGUGAACAUUUGUCACCACGAGACGCGUCGACGAGCGUUUGUCGGAUCGGAACUAAUCUGUGAGAUCUGCUCGAGGUUCAAUCCCGGAUUAGAGUUUAUUACAAUCGGGCGUCACCUUUUGGAUCCGCCCCCUUUUCAUGAUGAAACCGAGACUGAAAACUGUCGACGGACGAACCGAUUGGAUUUGGCACAUAAAGAGAACGACACAAAUCGUCUGGGGAAUUCUGGGAAAUAAAGAUGACCCCUCCCACCUAACUCUGAUGGAAUAGCACACUCUUUAGCCCCUCCCCCCCAACCACCCCACCUCCUGCUCCGAGAUGAGAGAAAAGGGAAAAAUUGAAACUGACGAGUCGCCGCGACUGCAACUCACAUCUGACUGACUCAUUCGCCGUUUCACCAGAUUCAUUCCCAGGAUGUUUUGUCUUCCUGCAGAUGAUUCAAACAUUUCUUCUUCUUUUUCUUCUUCUGUUGCCCUUUCACCCCGAGUUCGGCCAGUGGGAGGAGGCGAGGGGAGGGGUCACCGCCACCGGACACGGAAAAAACAGACGUGAGCGUCGGUGAGCUCCUGUAGAAAAAAACUACGUGGAUUACUCUUUUUUUUUUUUUACUUUGGGAGGAUGUGGGAGAAGACAAAUUGGAAGUGAAAUCGACGUGAUGAACUUUGACCCCCCGUACAGGACGGCACACGCACCAUGUGUUUCAAAGGUCAAAGGUCCCACAAGCUGAGUUAAUGUCUGUUUGAUUUAGUUUAAGUUUUUUUUAUCAUUUUGACAAAUUUACUUCUUGUUUUUUUAUAUAUAUUUUUUGUAACGUCAGAGAGAGAGUGUGUGUGUGUGUGUGUGUGUGUGUGUGUGUGUGUGUGUGUGUGUGU